GUUAUAACAUAUUAUCGAUAAACACUUUUUUCUACAACAGUACUAUAUUUUGUAAUGCAAACAUUUUUUAUAACUAUUUGAAAAUUACUAGUGUCAUUGUGUCAAUGAGAAUAUGUCAUGAACUCUUUUCUGAAGUUAGAGUAAAACAUUUCACCGAAAGUCGAUUUCCCAAAAAAUAUCCUAAACUCCACCAAUUUUUUAAAAUAUGACAAAUUACAACUAAGAAAUUUGUCUCAUCAUAUGAGCUGAAUGAUCACAUUUUUUCAUGGCUACUGAUACUCAGAGAUGGUUCUCCUUACCUCUAACCUCUAUAACUAAGAGUGUGGUCAGAGGUCAACGAAAAAAAAUCUGAUUGUCAGUGUCAAUUGUCAGAAUGUUAUAAAUUACAACAAUUAAAAUAGGUUUGGUCUACAUUCGAAAUAUUAGCGGUUUGCAUUGCUUCUUUCUUAGAUUAUCUGCAUACUUUCAGAAAUAAGAAAUGAUGAAUAGGAAAACUAGCAGCAUAGAACUUCUGGAGAUGGAUAAUAACACAUUUAACAAAAAUUUAACUUUAGAUGGGUUCAGAACUGAUUCCAAGUCCAAUUUGUUGAAUAAACAAGAAACGACCAGUUGGGGUAAAACCUCUCCAAGUAAAAGCUAUUGUUCUUCAAGUUCUACUUCUACAGAAAAUGUAGUAUCCACCCUGGAACGUAAAAAAGUACCCAAUGAGUCAGGAGUUUCCAGUCGUCCAGAUGACCCGCCUGUACUACCUGGUGAAAAAGUUACAGGUCAAGCAAGAGAUGUAACUUAUUUAUGUCCUUAUCAUGGUCCAGCUAGAGGAGUUUUAACAGUCACUAAUUACAAGUUAUAUUUCAGAUCAGGAGAUAAAGAUACGCCUAAUGUUGUUGAAGUUCCUUUGGGAGUGGUUUCCAGAAUUGAAAAAGUUGGUGGAGCCUCAUCAAGGGGAGAAAAUGCAUAUGGUAUUGAGGUAUUUUGUAAAGAUAUGAGAAAUUUAAGAUUUGCCCAUAAACAGGAAAACCAUUCGAGGAGAAAUGUGUUUGAGAAACUGCAAAUGUAUGCUUUUCCAUUAUCACACAAAAUGAAUUUAUUUGCAUUUGAAUAUUCAGAAGCAUUUCCAGAAAAUGGAUGGGCUGUCUAUGAACCAAUUGCUGAAUUGAAGAGAAUGGGUGUAAACAAUGACAUGUGGAAAAUUUCAAAAAUUAAUGAACUUUAUGAAAUAUGUGAUAGUUAUCCUGCUGUUUGGGCAGUACCUGCACAAGUGACAGAUGAUGACAUCAAAUCGGUAGCUAAUUUUCGGAGUAGAGGAAGAAUACCUGUUCUGAGUUGGAUCCAUCCAGAAUCUCAAGGAACAAUCACAAGAUGUUCACAACCACUUGUUGGGGUAGGUGGAAAAAGAAGCAAAGAAGAUGAAAGAUAUAUUCAGUUGAUAAUGGAUGCCAAUGCUCAAUCACAUAAGUUAUUUAUAAUGGAUGCCAGACCGAGUGCAAAUGCGAUAGCAAACAAAGCUAAAGGAGGAGGGUACGAGUCUGAAGAUGCUUACCAAAAUGCAGAGUUGGUUUUCUUAGAUAUCCACAACAUACACGUAAUGAGGGAAUCUCUAAGAAAGCUGAAGGAACUCUGCUACCCAAAUAUAGACGAGAUAAAAUGGCUUUCUGGUGUGGAGUCUACUUAUUGGUUGAAACAUAUUAAAUGCAUUUUAGCUGGAGCUGUUCGAAUAGUUGACAAAGUGGAGAGUCAUAAAACUUCAGUUUUAGUUCACUGUUCGGAUGGUUGGGACCGAACAGCUCAAUUGACAGCCCUCUCAAUGUUGAUGCUCGAUCCUUACUACCGGACUAUCAAAGGAUUUGAGGUACUCAUUGAGAAAGAAUGGAUAUCAUUUGGACAUAAAUUUCAACAGAGAAUUGGUCACGGAGAUGAUCACCAUUCAGAUGCAGACAGAUCUCCUAUUUUCUUGCAAUUUAUCGAUUGUGUGUGGCAGAUAACGCAACAGUUCCCCAAUGCUUUCGAAUUCAAUGACUAUUUCCUAAUAACAAUAUUAGAUCAUCUGUAUUCUUGCCGAUUUGGAACAUUUUUAUGUAACAGUGAGAGGGAGCGUGUUCAAGAAAAGCUGAAGGAUCAAACAGUAUCUCUAUGGUCAUAUACCAACAGUAAUUUGGAUCUUUACAGGAAUCCCUUAUAUUGGGCUAAUACCUUGCAGCAGAGAGUUUUAGUACCUAUUGCCAGCAUCCGCCAUAUAAAGUUAUGGAAAGCCUAUUAUUGUAGGUGGAACCCAAGCAUGAGAACACAGGAUCCUGUAUACCAACGGAUUAGAGAGCUGUUGAAGCUGAAAGAACAGUUGCAACAUACUGCAGAAGAAUGCAGAAAGGAGCAGCAACAAAGGAUGCAGAGGAGUAAUGUGUCACCAACAUGAUCAGUAGUUGUUGAAACUUAUGUAUAAUAUUCCCCUUUGUUAAAAGAAUUGUAUAGCUUUAUUUUACAGUGAGAAGACACCCUUAUAUAUAUAUAUUUUUUAAUUCGUAAGGACAUUGAAACAGAAGUUUGCUGGAUUGAAUCCAUUAAUUUUAGAUCAUUGGAGGACUGUAACAAUAGCUUCAGUUCUGGAAGUAACAUAGGCCAAAUAUAUUUUUUAAAUUAUGAGACCAAUAGAAUAUUUAAUCAAUAUGCAUUGUACUGACUGUAUGUCAGAGACCAAAUUUCAUUUUUCAAGGGUAAUGAAGAGCCUCAACACAUGGAAUCAAAUAAUGCUUCAGUCUCUUUCUAUGCUCACUUGAAGAUUCAUCCAUACCUGAAAAUAUGAACAAAGUGUACAAAAUUAUUUCCUCCUAAAUCAGUUUCACCAGAUCUGAAUUUAAUGCUUCAUAAAUGUAAGAUGACAACUUGUUUUUUUUUUCAAAUAAAAGUGUAUUGUAGUGCUAGGUUAAUUUUUUUACAAGUUUCAAUUCCUGAAACGUUUACGUUAACCCAAUCUUGUGGAAAUAUGAAUAAAUUAUUUACCACAAUUCCUUUAAUAUUUUAUAUUGUCAUUGUGGAAGAAAUAGGAUUUAUUUUGACAUGGUCAGUUAAUUUGUGAGAAAAAAAAAGGAAACUUUGAAACUUGAAGUUAACAAAAAGGGCGAAAUGAAUAGAACAUAGGAUAAUGAGAAUCAUAAUUUCAGAUAUGUUACCUUAGGAGUUGGUAACUAAGACACAGUUGUUCUCCAUUGAAUGAUGAACCUUGCACAACACAAAAAUUCAGGUUCUAAUUUGUUAGUUCCCUGUCUGAUACAUAUAAAUGUUAAUACCG